AGCCCAAGUGAAUCUCCCUGCCUCGAAAUACCAGUCUCCACUCUCCGAAAGCGAGAGGAGGGAAAUGUAAAUGAAGCCAGUUGAGUCAGUCGAGGGUUUCCAUGUGCAUUUACUGUAGUGACUCACUUGUGAGGAAAAGAAUAUGCCGCAGCUUUACUUGCAGUUUAAUUUAUGAAACACUUUCUCUCAAAACUAAACCCCUAACUCAUCGUCUCUGUCCCAAACUCACUGAGUGACUCACUAAAACAACUGAAUCAAUCAAUCAUCGUCACCAUCACAAUCUCACCGUGCAACAAUGGAUUUCGUCGAAUUGGAGGCAGUAGAAGGCCUCCGAUGGUCAUGGAAUUCAUGGCCAUCAUCAAAAUCAGACCUAAUAAUCCCUUUAACAAUCAUGUGUACUCCAUUAUCACAACAAGGCACUGACCUACCUCUUCUCUCUUACGAUCCUCUUCUUUGCACUCGAUGCGGCGCCGUUUUAAACCCUUACGCUCGUCUCGAUUAUCAAUCACGUAUUUGGCACUGUCCUUUUUGUUCUCAGAGAAAUCCUUUUCCUCGUUCUAUCGCUGAUGCUAAUCUCCCUGCUGAACUUUUUCCGACUUAUACUACUGUUGAAUAUUCUUCUCCGUCGAUUUUUCAUCCUCCUGGUUUUGUUUUUGUAAUCGAUGUUUCGUCGCCCCAAGAUGAGCUUUGUUUGCUUAAGAAUGAGAUUUUGCUUGUUCUUCAUAAUUUGCCUGAUAAUGCUCUUGUUGCUCUGGUUACUUUUGAUUCAAUGGUUUAUUUUCAUGAUCUUCAGUUUUCUCACUGUUCUAGGAUUGUUCUCUUGCAUGGUGAUCGUCAAUUUUCUUCCGAUCAGAUACGACAGUUCCUUAACAUUAGCCGUCCACACCAGCUGCAUAUUGGACAGACACAGCCUGUCCCAAAGCAGGGAUUUCUGGUUCCCAUUUCAGAAUCUGAGUUCAGUAUCACUGCUGCAAUUGAAGAUAUUCAUUCUACAUACAACUUUAGGUCUGGCAGCCGUCCCCCAAGGUCUACUGGAGCUGCAAUUUCAGCUGCCCUUGGUCUUUUAGAGUGUUGUUUUGUAAACACUGGCUCCAGAAUCAUGGUCUUUACUUCUGGACCUGCUACUCUUGGACCUGGACUGGUUGUGGACUCUGAUUUCCGGCAAAGCAUGAGAACCCACAAUGACAUCUUCAAUGGGAAUGUGAGACACCAUGCUAAAUCUUGCAGUUUCUAUAGGCAGAUUGCCAAGAGGCUGUCUGAUGCGUCUGUUGUUCUUGAUCUGUUUGCUUGCUCCCUUGACCAAGUUGGAGCUGCUGAGCUUCGAGAACCUGUUGAGUGCUCGGGUGGAUUUAUGAUUCUCGCUGAAUCGUUUGAAUCCGAUCAGUUCAAGAAAUGUCUAAGGCACCUCUUUAAACACGAUGAUGAGGGAUUUUUGAAGAUGAAUUUUGAUGCAACCAUUGAAAUAGUGACCACUAAAGAUGUCAGAAUCUCUGGAGCUCUUGGACCUUGCGUGUCUCUUAGGAAAAAGAAUGCUUCGGUAAGUGAGACAGAGGUUGGACAAGGUGGUACCUACGUGUGGAAGUUGAACACUCUCACCGACAGAACUUGCAUUGCUUUUUUCUUCCAAGUGAGUGAUGAACAAAAAAUUCAGCCCAGCUCUGCAUUUUUAGUUCAGUUUAUAACACGGUACAGGCAAGGGAACACGGGACUCCGAAAAAGAGUCACAACUGCUGCAAGAAGAUGGGUUGCAAACCAUUCCACAGAUAUUGCUGCUGGGUUUGAUCAAGAAGCAGCGGCUACGGUUAUGGCAAGACUUGCCAUUCUCCGAGCCGAGACAUGCCAUGCCCGUGAUGUUGUUAGAUGGCUUGAUGACACACUUAUUCGUUUUACCUCUAAGUUUGGGGACUAUGUUCCAGAAGAUCCUUCUUCCUUCCGUUUAUCUUCCAACUUUUCCCUUUAUCCCCAAUUUAUGUUCCACUUAAGGAGAUCCCAAUUUAUUGAUGUCUCUAACACUACUCCUGAUGAAACUGCAUAUUUCCGGCUUAUGCUGAAUCGUGAGGGCGUGGUGAGCUCUCUUAUAAUGAUUCAACCUACUCUUUUCCAAUACUCGUUUGAUGGGCCACCCAUUCCAGUACUUCUAGAUAUUCGUUCCAUUUGCCCCGAUUCUAUCUUGCUCUUUGAUUCUUUCUUCCUUGUGGUGAUUCAUUAUGGGUCCAAGAUUGCUCAGUGGAGGAAACUUGGUUAUGAGAAGGACCCAAAUCAUGAGAACUUUAGAAAGCUGUUGGAAGCCCCAGAAGUGGAUGCCGAGCAAUUGGUGGCUGAACGGGUUCCAGUGCCAAAGAUUAUAAGAUGUGACCAGCAUAGUAGUCAGGCUAGGUUUCUUCUUGCCAAGUUGAAUCCAUCUGUUACUCAAAAUUCAACAUACACAGAUGGUUCGGAUAUCAUCUUUACGGAUGACUUGAGCUUGCAAGUUUUUCUAGAUCAAUUGCAGAUACUGGCAGUGCAAGGCUGAUAAAUAAGAACCCUUAAUUAAGGCUAUUAUCUUUAUGAUGGUCACAUGGAAAAGACAAGAAAUUUGUAAGUAGUUUUCAAAGGAGAGGUUACUUGUUUUCGGCGGAUCGUUGUUCUUGUUUAUUACUAGCUGUAAAAUAGCUAGUUUCUAGAGUGUGAUUAGAAUAUGAUUUUGUCCAUUAGACUAGUUUUGAAGAUGUAGCAUCCUGAACAAGGCUACUACUAUUCAGUUGAGUAGAAACUGUAUCAUCACUUACUUUGUUGUCUAUACUGUAAAUAUCACUUCAUGUUGUCAAAUGAAAAA